CGCGCUCAGGGAGGAGGGGUGGUGCCGCGGCCGGCGAGUCUGAGCUUCUCUUCCCCCGCCAGGCUCCAAACCCAGUCUCAGUUUUUGUUGGCUCUGAACUCCACUGACCGCAGGAGCUGUAGGGAGGACGCCAGAGACUCCUCCCAAGUCGGAAAAUGCACUGGAGAUUGAACCCAAGGCCUCACACAUGCUAGAGAAGUGAUCUACCACUGAGCUACAUCCCCAGCCUCAGUUCCUUUCUCUAUGGCUUAUUCUUCAUGUUAUUUGAAAAUUAUCCUACCUAUUACAUCCAAGAAACUAGUGACUGCUAAAGGAUGAACUCAGUUCCCCAAUGGACAAGUUGUGACAACAUGCAUGAAAUAGUGUCUACCAGGACUCAGUGGCUUUUCAGGAUGUGGCUGUGGACUUCACCCAGGCAGAGUGGGCUUUGUUGGAUCCUUCCCAGAAGAAUCUCUACAGAGAUGUGAUGCGGGAAACUUUCAGAAACCUGGCUUCUAUAGGAAACAAGUGGAAAAACCAGAACAUUGAAGACCAGUUUAAAAUUCCAGGGAGAAAUUUAAGAAGUUAUGUAGUAGAGAGACCCUGUGAAAGUGAAGAAGGUGGUCAGUGUGGUGAAACCUUCAUCCAGGCUCUAAAUCUUAAUCAGAGCAAGAAAAUUCCUGCUGGAGUAAAACCAUGUAAAUGCAGUGUGUGUGGAAAAGUUUUCCUAUGUCUUUCAUCUCUCAAGAGGCAUCUGAAAUCUCACUCCAGAUACAAGGCACUUGAGUGUAAGGAAUAUGGAGAGAAGCCACAUAAAUGUGAACAGUGUGGGAAAACCUUCAUUUCUCUCAGAAGUGUUGGAAGACAUAUGGUGACCCACAGGAUAAAAGGCCCUUAUACUUGUGAGUUAUGUUUAAAAGUCUUUGAUUCCCCCAGUUCAUUUCAAAUACAUCAACAAACUCACACUGGAGCCAAACCCUCUGACAGCAAGCAGUGUGGGAAGACCUUUCUUUGUUCUAGUUCAUUUCAACUACCUGGCAGAAUUCACACUGUAAAAAAAUCUUAUGAAUGCAAACAGUGUGGCAAAACCCUCAGUUCUUCCUGUUCCCUUCGAAGGCAUGAAAGAAGUCAUAAUGGAGAAAAACCCUAUGAGUGUAAACAGUGUGGUAAGGCCUUCACACGUCAUGGUUACUUUCGAGAACAUGAAAGAAUUCAUACUGAAGCAAAAACCUAUGAAUGCAAACAGUGUGGUAAAGCUCUCAGUUCUUCCAAUUCCCUUCGAAUCCAUGAGAGAACUCACACUGGAGAAAAACCCUAUGAGUGUAAACAAUGCGGGGAAGCUUUCAGAUGGCACAGUGACCUUCGAAAACACGUGCGAUUUCAUAUUGAAGAAAAUCCCUUUGAAUGUAAAAAAUGUGGCAAAGCACUAAGUUCUCCCAAUUCCCUUCGAAUACAUGAAAGAACUCACACAGGAGAAAAGCCCUAUGAGUGUAAACAGUGUGGAAAAGUCUUCCGAUUUCAGACUUCCCUUAUAAGGCACGAAAGAGCGCAUGCUGGAGACAAAUCCUAUGAGUGUAUACAGUGUGGCAAAACUCUCAGUUGUUCAAAUUCCCUUCAAGUUCAUGAAAGAAUUCAUAAUAAAGCACGACCCUAUCAGUGUAAGCAGUGCGGCGAAGCCUUCAGAUUUCAUGUGGCUCUUAAAAUGCAUGAAAGAACCCACGCUGGAUAUAAACCUUACGACUGUCAACAAUGUGGUAAAGCCUUCAGAUGCCGCGGCUAUCUUCGAAAACACGAAAGGAUUCACACUGAAGUCAAUCCCUAUGAAUGUAAACAGUGCGGCAAGGUGCUCAGCUGUCCCAGUUCCCUGCGAUAUCAUGAGAGGGCUCACACAGGAGAAAAACCCUCUGUGUGUAAACAAUGUGGUAAGAGGCUCAGUUGUUCCAGUGCCCUCCAAAAACACAAAAGAAUUCACACUGACAGAAAAACCCUGUGAAUGUCAACAGCAUAGAAAACCCUUCAGAUUUUCCGUUCGUCUUCAGAUGUGUGAAAGAAUUCAUGGAGGGGAAUACUGGGAUGAUAAAAACUUGUGGUGAAGGCAUCAGUUUUUCCAGAUCUUUUUGAAUACAUGGCAAGACUCACACUGGAGAAUAGCCUUAUGAAUGUAUGAAAUUUGUUAAAGCCAUCAUUUGUUCUAGUUCCAUUUGAAGAUAACAACAAAAAAAAAAAAUGCAUUCAGCAGAAAAUCUCUAUAAAGGGCUGGUGGCUGUACCUUCAAAGGCCCAUAAUGCACACUGAAGAUAGAUGUUAUACAUAUCAGACUCCAGUAGUUUGGAAAAUAAAGGAAAGCUUUUGAUUUUUAUGAUUGCUUUAAAAGUCAAUAGGAAAACUCCCAUUUGAAAGAAAUCUCAUAAAUGUAGGUGAUAUUGAAAUCUUAAUGCAAAUUAAUUAUUACAUAAUGUUCAGUUUCUCUACAUGAACAAAAUUUACAUAAAUUAUGAAUAUAAUAUGUUUAUCAGUGGCUCAUAGUUAAAAGUUCUCUGGUUUGCAUAUUUCCAUUUCUUUGUAAGGAUACAUAAAGGUGAGGAUUCUAUAGGUGUAGUUGUGUCAGUUAACAAAGGGAUAAAUUCAGAGAAAUGCCUCGUUAGGCAAUCUAAUUGCUGUGUGAAGAUAAUAAAGUGUACUUAGACAAAUCUUAGAUGGUAUAGUGAACUACCAACAGACUUAGGCUAAAUGCUGUUGCCUGUUUCUUUUGGGCUCCAAACUUGUACAUUAUUGUAUUUAGUACUGUAGGCAACAGUAACACAAUGAUAAGUAUUUGUGUAUCUAAACACACUGAAAAAUAGAAAAGCUACAGUAAGGAUAUAGUAUAAAAGAUCAGGGUAGGGUGGCCCGUGAUUGUAAUCCCAGCUGCUUGUGAAGCUGAGGCAGGAGGAUCACAGUUCAAGGUCAACCUGGGUAGUUUCUUGAGAUCCUGUAUCAAAGUGAAAAAUGAAAAGGUCUAGGGGAGUAGCUCAAUGGGUCGAGGGUCCCUGGCUUUGAUCUCCAGUACUGCAAAAAUAAAAUAAAAGAUAUACCUGUGCAAGAUACUUCCUGCGUACAGAACUUGCUGGAGUACUGGUGGGAGUCUGCUGGGCGAGUUUGAGUGAGCGAUCAGUGACUGAAUGUGAAGGCCUAGGAUGUUGCUGGACACUGCUGUUGACUUUAUAAACACCUGCACUUAUGUUAUACUAAAUUUAUAAAAAUAAUUUUAUCAGCAAGAAUAAAUUAACCUUAGGUUAGUGUAACUUUGUCACUUAAUAAACAAUUUUUUCAUCUUUUUCACUGUUCUGUAAUAAACACAUAGCUUAAAACACAAGAUGUCUGUAUAAAACUUUUGUUUAUAUCUAUUAUAUAAGCAUUUAUCCAUUUUAAUGUUUAUUGUUUACUUUUUAAUGUAUUUUGUUAAAGACUAAGAAACAAACGCAUUAGUCUAGGCUCACACAGCUCCAGAAUCACCAGUGUCAGUGUCUCCACCUCCUCAUCUGGCCCAGUGGACAUUCUUUAAGAGCAGCAACAUUUGGAACUGUCAUUUCCUAUCAUGACAGUGCUUUCUGCUGGAACUCUUUUUGCUGUUGUUGGUACUGGGGAUUGAACCCAGGGGUGCUCUAUCACUGAGCUAUAUCCCCAGCUCCCCACUCCCCUCUUUUUUUUUUUUUUUAAUUUUUUGUAGUGGUAGAUGGACACAAUGCCUUUAUUUUAUUUGUUUAUUUUUAUGUGGUGCUAAGGAUCGAACCCAGUGCCUCACACAUGCUAGGCAAGCACUCUGCCACUGAGCUACAGCACCAGCCCACGCCCCCCAGCCCUUUUUAUUUUUUACUUUGAGAUAGAAUUCUCUAAGUUGCCCAGGCUGACCUCUAACUUGUGAUCCUCCUGCCUCAGCCUCUCAGGUUGCAGGGGUUACAGGCAUGUGCCAUCAUCCCCACUGAAAUCUUCUGAAGGACGUGCAUGUCUGAGGCUCCUCUUGGGAAAUGUGACUCUUUUCAUAAAUGUGUACAUGAUGCUUUUCUUGGUUUCCUUUUUAUCAUAGACUUGCUUGUAAGCAGAUAAUAUACCAUGAAUAUUCCUCUCUGUUGAUGAAAACUUUUUGUUAUGGGGUCCAUGUUUUUAGGCUUAAAGGAUCUUAAAGUCUACAGAAGUUUCUACUAAACUGCUUACCAUGAAUUUUCUUGGGUGUUUUCUUAUUUUCCUUCAGUUGUUUUGUUUCUUGUCUGUUCAUCUAUGCAUUGAUUAUAUGAUAGGCAUUUUGUGGGGGUGGGUACUGGGUAUUGAAAUUAAGCGUACUUUGCUAGUGAGCUACAUCCCCAAUCCUUUUUAUUUUUUAUUUUGAGGCAGGGUGUUGCUAAGUUGCUGAGGAUCCUGCUAAAUAGCCCAGGCUGGCCUUGUACAUGCAAUCCUCCUGCCUCAGCCUCCCGGGUUGCUGGGAUUACAGGCAUGUGCUACUGCGCCUAGCUGUGAUAGGCAUUUUUUAAAAAAUAUGUUUUUAGUUGUAGUUGGACACAAUGCCUUUAUUUUAUUUAUUUCUAUGUGGUACUAAGGAUCAAACCCAGGGCUUCUACAUGUGCUAGGCGAGUGCUGUACUGCUGAGCCACAGCCCCAGCUCCUGUGAUGGGCAUUUUUAAGACCCAUUAUAAUGUUAUAGGCUCACCAUUGUAUAUGAGAUCCGUUGUUGACUGAAAUGUGUGAUAUAAGACUGUACUCUUCUAAGUAAUUAUGCUUGAGUUUAAUGCGUAGUAUCUUAAGUCAGUUAACAAAACUUUUCUCUAUCAACUUUAAAGUGUGUUGGAUCCAUGUUUUAGUUGAAAUGUAUUUCUAAUAUAUAAGUAGGCUCAAUAUUUAUAUAAUUGUCUUAAGUGGUCUGUGAUUGAUGGAUGGGCCACUGAAAAAUAAGUCUCUGUUAUUUGGGGGGAUUUUCCUACUGUUGUGUGGCAGCUUCUGUAUUGUCACACAUUAUAUGUCUUUUACUUUUUCUAUGGGAAAAGCUACCUUUUUGAAGGGGCAUGGAAUUUAUUUCAUUUGUUUUUUGCUAAUAAAGAUUAGGUAUUGGGCUGGGUUUAUGGCUCCACAAUAGAGCGCUCACCUCGCACGUGCGCAACACUGGGUUUAUCCUCACCACCACCUAAAAAUAAAUAAAUAAAAUAAAGAAAUUGUGUCCAACUACAAUUUAAAAAAAUAAAAAAGAUUAGGUAUCAUAGUCUGAGGAUAUACCUCAGUGGUAGAGUGCUUACCCAGCAUGCCCAAGGACCUGAGUUCAAUCCCUAGUACUGCAAUAAAAAGAAAACCGUAGAUGCCGUAGCCAGGUGUGGUGGCACAUGCCUAUAAUCCAAGCUACUUGAAGGCUGAAGCAGGAGGAUUGCAAGUUUGAGGCCAGCUUUGGCAAUUUGGUGAGAUCCAGUUUUAAAAAAUAAGGGUUGGGUGUGUAGCUUAGUGGAAAAGCACCCCCAGGUUCAAUCCCCAGUAUCUUGGGGGAAAACAGAUAAAAGAGAGUUGAUAACUAUUUUUAAGUAUGUCAAGUUUAUCACAUACUCUUAGGUGAAUUAUUUUAACUGUUGCCUUUUACUUUUUAAAAUACUUUUAGUUGUAGAUGGACACAAUACCUUUAUUUAAUUUACUUUUUAAAAUGUGGUGCUGAGGAUUUAACCCAGUCCCUCACAUGUGCUAGGCAAGUGCUCUACCACUGAACUACACCCCAGCCUUGUUGCCUUUUAUUUUUUAUCAUUAUUUCUGGCUGUUACUUGUAUAAUUCACCUUGGAUUAAGGAGAAAGACCUGUGGAAGAAUUACAUGUUUGUCUAAUCUGAGGGAGAAAGCUUUCAAUCUCACCAUCAAGAAUAACGUUAGCUGUAGGGUUUUUGUUUGUUGUUUUUAUAACAGUACUAAGAUAUUCUACCACUGAGCUACACUAAUUUUGGGGACAAGAUCUUGCUAAUUUGCUGAGUCUGACCUUGAACUUGUGAUCUUCCUGCCUCAGCCUCCUGAGAAGCGGGGAUUAUAGGUGGUGCCAUCAUGCUCUAAGAGUGGGUUUUUUAAUCAAUGCUGUAAAGCACAUUUAGAAAGUUCCCUUCAGUUCAUUUUUUUAAAAAUUGGGAUUGAACCCAGGGUCGCUUUAUCAUUGAGCUACAUCCCCAGGCCUAUUCAGAUAGAGGCUCACCAAGUUGCAGAGACUGGCCAUGAACUGGCAAUCUUCCUGCUUUAGCCUCCUGGUGGAGGUGGGGGGGGGGGCUGGAAUUGCAGAUGUGACGAUGGUGUGUUUUAUUAUGAAAGGGUGUUGAUAUUUUUUUGUAUGUUUUUUCUGUAUCUCUUGAGAUGAACUUGUGGUUUUUGACAUUUAUUCUAAUAAGUUGAAUUAUAUUCAUUGACGUUCAUAUAUGAAAACAGCACUGCUUUUGUAAGUUAAAUUUCUCUUAGGGAGUAUAAGUCUUUAUAUAUUGGUAGAUUUGCUUUUCUAGUAUCUUAUUGAGGCUUUUUGCAUCUAUAUUGAAAGAGUUUUGUGUACAUUAACAGCAUAUAGCAUUAUCUAGUACCUGAAGUAUGUACAUGUGUGUAUAAGCAUGUAUAUAAUAUGUAGUAUGUAGUAUAGUUUUGUAUAUAAAUAGCAUAUAUAUGACUAGAUUGUAUAGCAUGUAAUUAAAAUGCAAUUAGUAUAGAAUAUAGUAUACUGUAGCAUUAUAGGAUUAGUCAUCAGUCUAUAAUCAUGCAUUUCUGUUCGCUGUUGGAUGACAAAAUUUUUCCAACAAACCUUUCACAUUCUCUCCUGAGAACCAAGAAGUAUCUCAACUUGAUACCCAAAGCCUUCUCCCAUCCCACCUGCUCUGUGCUCUGAAGUGUAGUCCCUGGGCAGGACUACAUGCCUUCCAGUACCUUCCACAUCCUCACUGUGAGGGUCACUAACUGAUAAGCUCCUGACAACCUUAUCUGUGCAGCAGUGGUGAAACAGAGCUCCGGCACUUGCUCAUCUGAAGGAUGUGCCAAGGGAAUUAAGACAGACAUGUUAUCUGAUGAAGCACAGCCUAGUCUACAUGUUUAUCACCUGAGUUUUGUUUCUAUAAAUUGUAAUCAUUUCUAUUAAUCUAGCUCUUCUCCCCAGUUUGAUCAAAAUGUACAAAAUUUCUUUUUUUCUUUUUUUCUUUUCCAUUGUUCAUUUCUCAUGUGGGUAGACAGCCAAAUCUGGCCACCCAGGUUCAGGCUGGCUCCCUGACUGGGUUGCAGGUAAUGAUGGAUGUCAUGAGUUCAAAUCUCAGCAGCCCUAAGCUGCUAAUUUCUCCCUCACCAAUGGAGUGAGUGUGAGGCUACGUAAACAAAUGGCAAGAAAUACAGGAUGGACCAACUGUGACCAAGGACAUUACUCAAUUUUAGCUAACAACUCUGGGCUACCUGACUCCAUAAUACAGUCAAUGUCACCUGAGUGACAACCACCAACGGCUUGUUGGCUUUCACUUUGGUCUACACAGGGCUUUGUGUUCUGUGUCAAGUGUGGCCACUUUGUCCCAUGUUGAAACACUCAUCUGGACACAAAUGGCUAAUUGACUGACUGCUGCAAUGUGACUUGAUAGGUUCAUCGUAGUUGGUAAGGAGUUUUUGAGGCACUCACCUAUCAAGGCAGCAAAAGCAUCACCUUAACUUGAUUGGUACUUCAGUCCUGAUUGCCAAGAAUCUGGUGACUGCUCAGUGGUCAUUGCAUCUACUCUGGUUGUCACUUCUGGAUGCUUGGCAUGGCCAUGUAAAAUUGUUUAUUAUUGUAUAUCCUUGCAGUAUGCUCAUGGAUGAUUGUGAAGUCGCAAAAAAGAGACCUUUUGUUUGUACUGGGGAUUGAACCCAGGGGCACUUAACCACUGAGUCACAUCCCCAGCCCUUUAAUUUUUUUUUUUUUAAUUUAGAGAUAGGAUCUCACUAAAUUGCUGAGGGCCUUGCUAAGUUGUUGAGAGUGGCUUUGAACCUGCAAUCUUCCUGCUGAUGGGAUUACAAGCAUGCACCACGGUGCCCAGACCACAGAAUUAAAUAUUUUACCCAGUUGCCUAGAAAGAGUCAUUGUACAGGCAAGAGUAGCAGGAAUGACUUUCUGGUGCUGCUGAUUCCCUUGCUGUAAUGUGCACUCCCGGAUCCCCAAGGGUAUUGGAAAUAAAGGAAAGGGGGUUAACCCCUCCUAAUUUUAA